AUGCCUAAGGAGUCUGACAAAUCAUCCAGUGGGGAGAAGCAGCAGACUGAAUCUGAAAAAAGUGGGAGUGCAUCAGACAUGACUGAGCUCUCUGAGAAGAUGGUUGAGAAGAGGAUCAGGAAGAAUACUCCUAGUCCCCACAGACUCACACCACAGUCAAGCCCACCCAAAUUUGUGUCUGUGGAGGAGCUGAUGGAGACGGCCAAAGGAGUGACUAACAUGGCACUUGCCCAUGAGAUUGUAGUGAACGGUGCCUUUCAGGUGAAACCCUUUGAACCAGCAGAGGGAAGUUUGGAAAAACGGGUCAAGGACAUUAUGCACCAAGCAUUUUGGGAUUGUCUGGAGGUGCAGCUGAAUGAGAACCCUCCGUCCUAUGAUCAUGCUAUUAAACUGGUCGGAGAAAUUAAGGAGACAUUACUGUCUUUCCUGAUGCCUGGCCAGGGGAGGUUAAGGAGGCAGAUAGAGGAGGCUCUAGACCUGGUUCUGAUCCAGCAGCAGGCUGAAAAUGGGGCUCUGGAUAUCAGCAAGGUGGCCCAAUUCAUCAUUAACAUGAUGGGCGCUUUCUGCGCACCCUGCCGAGACGAGGACAUCAGAAAGCUGCGCGACAUCACUGACAUCGUGCCACUGUUCAAGGCCAUAUUCUUAGUACUUGACAAGAUGAAGAUUGACAUGGCCAACUUUGCCGUCAGCAGCCUCCGUCCACACCUUCUGCAGCAGUCAGUAGAGUACGAGAGAAAGAAAUUUCAAGAGUUCCUCGAAAAACAGCCAAAUGCUCUGGACUUCACAGAGAAGUGGCUGCAGGACACUGCCAAAGAUGUUCUCAGCGGAGAGCCAGAGGACAGCGCCUGUGCCGCUGUAUCUACCGCCUCGCCUCGCCUGCCUCUCGCCGUGCACAACCACGCAUAUCUACGUCUUCUCAAAUGGAACCACGCUUCGGAAUCCUUCCCUGAGACACUCUUAAUGGAUCAGAGUCGUUUCCUGGAGAUGCAACAGGAGCUGGAGCGACUUACCAUAAUGGCCUCUGUGUUACUGAUCGUCUAUAACAGUGCAGGAGAGGCCAUCUCGGGUCUGUCAGGUCUACUGGACCGCCUGAAGAGUACAGUUGGAAUACUACUGGCUGACAUGCAUAUGCUAUCAUUUAAUGCAGAUGAGGUUUUUGCAACCAUUGGAGAGAAGAUGUGUGUGGAGCUUGGGGUUUGUUUGUCAGAGCAUGGCUUUUCCCCAUUUUCCACUGAUCGACAAAGUGCACUAAAAGGUCAAAUCACAGCUGUCAGACUUGCCGACAAUUCCAUCCGUAAGCUCAUCGACUCUCGUAUCCAGGCCUAUCUGCUUCACUUCCUGGAGUCUAGAGUCCACAGGAGCCCCCCUGCCCUGCCGGGCGGGUUGGCGCCCAUCUGUAAAGAGCUAGAGGAGAUCGCCGUCAAGUUUAGUCGCCUGGUCAACUACAAUAAGCUGGUUUAUUCCCCGUUUUACCAGAGAAUCCUUCAAGACGUUUUAAAAGAGGAGGAAAGCAGCACUGACAUCUAA